UGCGCAGCACAGCUCCUUGCGAAUCGGCAGAACGCGAAAGAGAGAUAUUACUACUAGAAGAUAGACGAAGGCACCAGCGAGCUCUGCUACGAAGAGCGAACACCACGCGCCGCGUUCCGUCGUCCACGCCGCGCUUCCAUCCAUCCAGGGGGCUGCGUCGUCGGCCACUCGGCCGUCCUUCCUCUCUGGGCUCUGCCUCCAGCUCUGGCGAAGUAAUGUGAUGAUCAAAGUUCGGCCAAUAUCGAUCAAAGUUCAACCAAUGUCAACACCACUCCUAUCAAUACUGAAAUUCGAUAAUGAAAAAAAUCGAUAUCUGCAUUUCGCAUAAUCUGAUAUUCGCAUCUUCCUUCUACUUCGCCUGGCUACCCACCACUCCUACCGGCCUGGCGCCUUCCCCCUGCCUCCCUGCAACAGUCCACGGUCCAUCGCGCCGCCGCACAGUGUCCGUGGCCUGAAUAUUUUGAUUUCUUCAUUCACCGACCAGGCGACCACCGCUUGGGUACUUCGGCAUUCUUCGCCUCCGGCCCUCACUCAGGCACUCAGCCAGAGCCAGAUAUUAUUUGUAAAAGAUUAUGUCUUUGCGUAGGCCACCCCUUCCACGGCUUCUCCUUAACAAUGUAGGUUGCAUGAGAAAUGCACAACAAAUUCUUCGUCAUGUUAACGUCACACUCCAUGACGGUGGGGCUCUUGUACUGACGGGCACAAAUGGUUCUGGAAAAACCACCUUUCUGCGCAUGUUAGGUGGUUUCGCAAAACCAUCUGCUGGUGAAAUACUAUGGAAUGGUCAUGACAUCACCAAUUCGGGUAUCUUUGAGCAAUACAAACUCCAGCUCAACUGGCUUUCCCUGAAGGAUGCCGUGAAGGAGAAGUUCACGGUCCUAGACAACGUUCAGUGGUUUGAAGUGCUUGAAGGGAAGCAGGGAAAGUCUUUGCCGGCUUUAGAGGCUGUGGGGUUGGGGAGAUUGGCAAAUGAGAAGUCAAGAAUGCUCUCCAUGGGUCAAAGGAAAAGGUUACAGCUUGCUAGGUUGUUGGCAAUUGAUAGGCCGAUUUGGUUGCUUGAUGAGCCUUCGGUGGCAUUGGAUGAUGAUGGUGUGAAGAUACUGGAGUCCAUCAUAGCCGAUCACAGAAAGAAGGGUGGGAUUGUCAUUGUAGCCACCCAUCUACCCAUUAAGAUUGAGGACGCUAUGCAUUUGAGGUUGCCUCCCAGGUUCCCGCGAAGAAUGACGUUGGUUGACAUGCUCGAUCGUGGUGGAUUGGACUGAUUAUACUCGUGUAGCUGUGGGAGCUGUUAUGGAAAGGAAGCUAUGCAACUUAUGUUUGAGACGCCAGACUGACUGACUGACUAUAUUCCAUCCGAGUAUCCGACCAUACUGAAGGCUAUGAAAACCUUGGUUUUUCCAUUAUUUUAUUGCACAGAUGUAUAAGGUGGUAAGAAAAUUGCUUCCAGGAAGUCAGUGAUGACUUGUGGGGAGGAAAAAAUAUUUUGUGUUCGAAAAUACUUUAUUGUAAAUUUAGUACUUUUAUUAUCGUCACUCCAAACUCGUGCAUAUGAAAGUACUAGUAUGUGUACCCGUGCACCGCACGGAAAAAUAUGUUCUAGUGUUUGUUAUGAAAAAUAUGAAUGAAAUUAA